AUGGCAGAAGCAGUACUUGGGGAGGAACAGGUGAAGAAUUUACGUUCGAAUGCAUUGUACUACAGUCAAUUCCAGAGUAGCAGCUAUGAAAUGUGCGGGGAUGAUUUAAUUCAGGGAGUGAAGACUGCAUUGAAUGGACAUGUAAAAUUGAUGCCUCAUAAACAGGAGAUUGCUGAUGCACAGUGUGCUGCAGGUAUAUCGAAGGAACUGAGCACAAAGAAUGAUGAUGAUUGGUGCUAUUUCUUUUACUAUUGGUUAGGGGAAAAACUGCUGGGACUAGUAGGUGAUACUGAAGUAUGGACACUUAUGAACAGCAUCUACGAGAAAUGGGGUAAUAUGGACUAUGGGAAGAAAUGUAACAUUGUAAACGAAGAUGUUAACGACAAAGUCACUUUCAAUCAAAGAAAAUUAGCAUAUGAAUAUUAUUUUAACUAUGGGGGUAUGAAGGAAAAGCUGCAGCAAUAUCAUCGUAAAUGUGAUAAAACUUAUUACAAAUAUCUCACACAAACUGCCACAGCUUAUCAGACCGUGAAGGAGGAAUGUGCAGGUAAGGGGGAAGGGGACGCUAGUGACCAAUAUUGUUCCGACUUUAACAUGAAAUGGAAGGAGUAUGAAGAAAGAGGACAUGACAAGAAGGAGGAAUUACAAAUACUUACAUGUGACUUACAAUCUACACCACAAAUUGAGGAAUCUGCAACACAUGAUGCAUCCGUAGGCCCCAUCGUAUCUUCUGUGUUUGGAAUAGGUGGAGGAUUAGCUUCCAUUGCUCUUCUUUUGUAUAAGUAUAAAAUCCUACCUUCUGGAAUAAAAAACUUCUUUGGAAGUAACAGCAGAAGCAACAGAAAUAGCUAUAAAAGCAGGAACAGAAGAUCAACCAACUCUAACUUCAGUACAUUCACCGAGAACGACUCAACAGCGGAAACGGACUAUUCCACAUCAAAUUUAACCAGUACUGGAACAAAAAGCUUAACUGAAUAUUCAAUUCCAUACACCACCACCACUGCAACAACAUCUACACGAUGA